AUGGAGCCAAACUCCCAAAUAAAGCAAACAAAAAAAGUGAAAAGCAAGAAAAUAAAACUAUUGAGAAAUUCCAAUGAUGAUAAAGAAAACAAGAAGGUAUACAAACAAAUACCAAAACCAUUAAAGAAAAAUCACCCAUACUCUGGAAGAGUUGGAACAAAAGCUGAUCAAAUGAAGAAACAUAUGUAUGUUAACUUGUUGCUACAAGGGCAGGACCACACCCAAAAAAGAAAUAGGAGACUAAGCCACACGCAUGGGGAGGCAAAAAGAAGCCAGUUGUUCCAAAUGAUAUUUCCUUAGCUCACCAAUCCAAAGCUUCAGUUGGCCAUUGUUUAGAUGAGGAUUCAAUGAGGACAUCAAAGCAUACAAGUGAAAUGUUGAAUAAUGAGAAAACAGCUGACAGUGAAGAACCCGUAAUAACAAUGGUGACAAAAAGUAACCGGCCUGUUGUUAAAAUAAGAAUGAUAGUCCUCCAAGAAAACAAUUACAACAUCAUAGAACAUAGCAAUGGAUGCCUAACUGCUUCAAUAAUAAGUCCAGUGAAUAUGACCUUACAUAAUCAAUUUCCUAUGAUGCAAGGACUUCAGGAUGCAAGGACUUCAGGAUACAGCACUGGGUGA